AUGAGGAUUAAAAAGAAUGGACCACAACAUCGGGGAAAACCAUACUUGACCCCUCCUAAGCAAUAUGGUAAUUGCCCUAACAAUCAAAAGACUGUUGCUAUGGGAUUUGCUGGUGGUAGUGGUAGCAAACCCAGUACCUUCCUCACUCAUAUCACUUGUUACAGAUGUAGUAAGCCAGGGCACAUUUCCUUAAAUUGUCCCGAUAAAGGCAUAUUAUGUUUUAAUUGUGGACAAAAAGGACAUAUUCAAAGAGAUUGUCCACACCCCAUGAAGGAGAAAAAUGGUGGGGGCCUGAAUGGUCAAACUAGACAUCCGAAGGCCACUGGAAGACUCUUUACCCUUAAUGGUGCUGAAGCUUCAAAAUCGAAAGAUCUAAUCCAAGGGAAACUUAAGCUUUCUGUGUCUUCUUUAAAUAAAGAUCUGGUGGUAGAGACCCCAACUAGUGGUUCUGUUGUGGUGUUUGAUGAUUCUGGAGUGAGUAAGGAUAUGAUGUUUAUCUCUGCCAACCAAGUUGUGACAUCUUUAAAAGAAGAUGCUCAAGUGUACAUGAUCUUGUCUAACCUGGAAAUAGAGACAAAGGUUUCCAUGUGUGACCUCCCUGUUGUUAGAGAGUUUCCUGAGGUGUCUCCUGAGGAUAUAUCCGGUCUGCCACCCAAGAGAGAGAUAGAGUUUUCCAUAGACUUAGUACCUGGUGCUGGACCCAUAUCCAUAGCCCCUUAUAGGAUGUCUCCUAUAGAGUUAGCUGAGCCGGUCCGGGCAAAAUCCUGA